GCUCAAGUCAGCUGAUAAGCGAGGGUUUGAAGCGGCACCGCGAGGCGGAGAGGCCGCAGUGACAGCGGCGGGCGCUGGGACCCCGGCUGCUCCGCCGCGCCCGCUGGCGUCCGGCCCUCCCCGCCCCGGUAUGGCAACCCCCGUGGGCUCGCGCGGCUCAGAUGAGAAACAGGCUCAGAGAGACCAAGUGCCCUGCCCAAGCCGAGACUGAGCACCUCCUGACCCCCAGCCCCGGAUAUGGGACCCAGGCGGGGACUUUGCCAGUGCCUCCAACCCCUCUGGAAGAGGAAGACCUCCGCCGCCGUCUCAAGUACUUUUUCAUGAGUCCCUGUGACAAAUUUCGGGCCAAGGGCCGCAAGCCCUUCAAGCUGAUGCUGCAAGUAGUGAAGAUCUUGGUGGUCACUGUGCAGCUCAUCCUGUUCGGGCUCAGCAACCAGCUGGCAGUGACAUUCCGGGAGGAGAACACCAUCGCCUUCCGCCACCUCUUCCUUCUGGGCUACUCUGAUGGGGCAGAUGACACCUUCGCAGCCUAUACUCGGGAGCAGCUCUACCAGGCUAUCUUCUACGCCGUGGACCAGUACCUGAUACUCCCUGAUGUGUCACUGGGCCGCUACGCAUAUGUGCGGGGCGGGGGUGGUCCCUGGGCCAAUGGCUCAGCCCUGGCCCUCUGCCAGCGGUACUACCACCGGGGCCACGUGGACCCAGCCAACGAUACCUUUGACAUCGACCCAAUGGUUGUCACUGACUGCAUCCAAGUGGAUCCCCCCGAGAGGCCCAUUGUGCCCCCUAGUGAUGAUCUAUCGCUGUUGGAUGGCAGCGCCAGUUACAAGAACCUCACGCUCAAAUUCCACAAGCUGAUCAACGUCACCAUCCACUUCCAGCUGAAGACCAUCAACCUGCAGAGCCUGAUCAACAAUGAGAUCCCAGACUGCUACACCUUCAGUGUCCUAAUCACAUUUGACAAUAAGGCACACAGCGGGCGUGUCCCCAUCAGCCUGGAGACUCAAGCCCACAUCCAAGAGUGUAAGCACCCCAGCGUCUUCAGGCACGGAGACAACAGCUUCCGGCUCCUGUUUGAUGUGUUCGUGAUCCUCACCUGCUCCUUCUCCUUCCUGCUGUGUGCCCGCUCCCUGCUCCGUGGCUUCCUACUACAGAAUGAGUUUGUUCGGUUUAUGUGGCGGCAGCGGGGACGGGUUAUCAGCCUGUGGGAGCGACUGGAAUUUGUCAACGGCUGGUACAUCCUGCUGGUCACCAGUGACGUGCUGACCAUCUCAGGAACGAUCAUGAAGAUUGGCAUCGAAGCCAAGAACCUGGCCAGCUACGAUGUCUGCAGCAUCCUCCUGGGCACCUCGACACUGCUCGUCUGGGUCGGCGUCAUCCGCUAUCUUACCUUCUUCCAUAAGUACAACAUCCUCAUCGCCACACUGCGGGUGGCCCUGCCCAGCGUCAUGCGCUUCUGCUGCUGUGUGGCUGUCAUCUACCUAGGCUAUUGCUUCUGUGGCUGGAUCGUGUUGGGGCCCUAUCACGUGAAGUUCCGCUCACUGUCCAUGGUGUCGGAGUGCCUGUUCUCGCUCAUCAAUGGGGACGACAUGUUCGUGACGUUCGCAGCGAUGCAGGCGCAGCAGGGCCACAGCAGCCUCGUCUGGCUCUUCUCCCAGCUCUACCUCUACUCCUUCAUCAGUCUUUUCAUCUACAUGGUGCUCAGCCUCUUCAUCGCGCUCAUCACGGGUGCCUACGACACCAUCAAGAAAGUUCUAGGUUGAAGAGAUGGGAACUCAAGGAAGGGAGCAUCAGGGCGAAGAAACAGCCAAAACAAAGACCUAUUAGCGAGAAAGAACUUUGGAAAGAGAUGGCUCCUUCACAAGGUAGGGAGGGCCUUUCAGUCUCUUGCUGAAAGCCACACUAUUCAGAUGACUGGGGAUGUAGAUGUGACACCAACUGACCAAGAUUCAGGUUGUGCACAUAUUCAGGGAUCAGAGAAGUUCUUUCAGGAAGAAAACCAUAAGGAACAACAGGUGGUGGACACAGCAAGUGCAAAGGCCCAGAGGUAGGAGCCUGCUUGCAGCGAGGAGAUCCAGAUGGCUGGAGAAGAGGUGGAGCCGAGGGCAGAUCUCAAGGGGGCCCCUUUUGGCUGGUUUAC